CAAAGACAAAAGAGUCCCACUACUUGCCGCUGUCACUUUAUCUACUAGCAGAGAAACCACGAGGAACACAGCGGCAGUAGAGCAACAAUGGAUCGAGUGAUGCAGGCGCCCUACGACGCUACCGUCCGGUUUGCUCUAGCUUCACUGGAGCGGAAUCUCCUACCGGACGCCAUUAUAAGGCGCUUCACGCGCUUGCUCUUAGCCAGUCGCCUGCGCUCCGGCUACCAGCCUUCCUCUGAGCUCCAGCUCUCCGAACUACUCCACUUCGUUAACUCCCUGAAGGAGAUGCCGAUAGCUAUCAAGACUGAUGAUGCUAAAGCUCAACACUAUGAAGUUCCCACUUCUUUCUUCAAGUUGGUGCUCGGGAAACAUCUCAAAUAUAGUUGUUGUUACUUCACUGAUAAGUCGAGCAGCUUGGAGGAUGCUGAGAAGGCAAUGUUGGAGAUGUACUGUGAAAGGUCGCAGAUUAAAGAUGGCUACAGUGUUCUUGAUGUUGGGUGUGGAUGGGGAACACUAUCUCUGUACAUUGCUGAGAAGUAUAAGAGCUGCAGGGUUACUGGGAUCUGCAAUUGCUGCUGA